GUACCGGACUGGAGCGCCCGAGCCCAGGCGCAGGAGCACCGGGCGCCGCCGCGGCGCCGCAGCCGCCGUGUGAGGCACUGGAUGCGUACUGGCACCUUCCCGCGCUCGAUGGCUCUCUGAAGACGGAGUGCUGCGGCUCCUCCGUUGUACCUCUCCAAGGUGAUCCUCUUGAAGCUGAUUCGGUGGCCGAGUGGUGGUGUGGCAACCUCGUACCCGUUGCCAUGUUAUACAUGACGCCGUUUCCAAUCUCGAAUCCCGCCGUUUCCAAUCUCGAAUCCCGAGCGCAACGGGGCUGACGCCGCCGAAACAGCGCCCGGCGCAGGGGAGGACUGCGGCGCCCUCAUUGCCAGGGCCGGAGAUGGCAACGUUGAGGCCGCAGGCGACGAUUGCGGCAGCGACCCGGGCCCAGGCGAAGGCAAUGGCGAAGGCGACGACGUGGACGCUCAGAUGGAGGUGCUGGACGGCAAGAAGUUGAAGCCCGUGCUGGAGGCGGACCUGGACGUGGACGACGACGACGACGAGAAGAAGCUGGAUGUGCCGGGCCGGACCGAGAACGGGGGCCAGGACACCGAGCGGGGACUCCCUCGGCCGCGCUGGCGGGGGACGUCCCCGCGGCGCUCGGCUGCCUAUCUCAGGGCGCUGGCACUGGCGCGCAACUACCAGUGCCCUGAGACCGCAGCGCAGGACCUCGAGGCUAGCGCGAUGGUCUUGCGCACCCGCGGGGUGGCAGCGAGGGGCCACGCGCUGGUGCGCGAGGCGGUGGGCAUGGCGCAGGCAGCGGCGCUCAUCAGAGCGCGCCUGGCAGCGUGAAGGCUGCAGGGGAGAGCUCGGCCUGAAGUUCCUCUUCGGGCCUUCCUUUGGUCGCCCUCGGCUACGGUGGAUG